CGUACUCGACGUGAUCAUUUUAGUUUGUAGUUUCCAAGGCAGUCCGGAAUAUCCUCCUCCACGGCAAUAUAAGAGGAAUGAAAACGAAUUCGUUAACUUUCGUUUAAGUUCAUUUUAAAUCGUAAAACAGUUUCAUAACGAUGUUGAAUCCGUUGAUUUUGGUGUUAAAUUUAUAUUUAGUGAGCUAUUUUACAAACGCUGAACAAUGUUACACACCAAAUCAACAACUAGGAGAAUGCGUUGUUAUAACACAAUGCCAAGAAGUGUUAGACGUUUUAGUGAAACGUCCAAUUUCAGUUGAGGAUACCGAAUAUCUCAAGAAAGCCGGUUGUGGAUUUGAAGGUUUAACUUCAAAAGUGUGUUGCAGUUUAAGACAACAACCUCCCACAUCAACUUCAAAUCCAAGAAAUUAUCAAUCAAACGAUGAUUUGUUACCCGAUACAUCAACUUGUGGAGUUGACAAUCAAAAUAGAAUCCUCGGGGGCUCCAUAGCCGAUUUAGAAGAGUACCCAUGGAUGGCUCUCAUUGAAUAUAAAACGAAAUCGGGAUCGGGAUUUUAUUGUGGAGGAGUUUUAAUUAAUGAUAGAUAUGUUUUAACGGCCGCUCAUUGCGUUAAAGGAAAAGAUUUACCAUCAACGUGGAAAUUGAUAAGUGUUCGAUUAGGUGAAUUUAACACCAGUUCGCCCGUUGAUUGUGUAACCACUGGAAAACACACAAGAUGUUCCCCAGAACCAGUUGAUGUCCCAGUUGAACAACAAAUUGCUCAUGAAUCUUAUGACCCACAAAGUUUAGACCAAUAUCAUGAUAUAGCUCUUUUAAGAUUAGCGUCUCGCGUUUCAUACACAGAUUUUGUAAGACCAGUUUGUUUGCCAACAAUCGAGACUCAUCUCAGAAGUUCUUAUCAAGACGAAAUUUUAGAUGUCGUUGGUUGGGGUAAAACUGAAAAUCGAUCCGCUAGUGAUGUAAAAUUAAAAUUAAGGAUUCGUGUACAAUCAAACGAACAAUGCUCUCCGAUUUAUAGAGCGGCUAGAAUAAGUAUCUCAGAAGGACAAUUAUGUGCUGGUGGUGCAAAGGGACAAGAUUCUUGUAGAGGCGAUAGUGGAGGUCCUCUAAUGGGUGGUUUAUCAAACGGGCCGGUUAUAAACACUUACGUUUUGGGAGUUGUCUCUUUCGGACCAACACCGUGCGGUAUGGAAGGUUGGCCAGGAGUUUAUACAAGAGUUAGUAAAUACGUCGAUUGGAUUAAACAAAAAUUACGACCCUAAAAAAUGUAUAUUAAUUUAUUAUGAUUCAAUAAAAUAAAGAAAUUU